AUGCGCAGUUCCCUCUCUCUAGGCCCAUUAUCUCCGCGCCUGCAGCUAACCGUUGGCUACCAUCACAUCCGCGACGCACUUGCGCCCCCUUUACAUCAUUUGCAUGAGUAGUUGGUGCUGGUGUUUUCCCUCCAUAAAAAAGUGCAGCUAUAUAAGUAGAGGAUUUACAUAUAGUCCCACUCUACAGAAUGGAUUCUGAUAUACUGAAGAUAGAGGAAAUUGUGAUGGGCGGAGGCGAGGCUGCUCCUCCUGCUGAUGUGAAUGCUGAGAAAGCGGGGAAGCCGUACACCACAAUCAUCAUCCAGGAGCCUUCUCCAGGGCCUGUCAUUCAGUCUUACCAGCAUGAGAGCUUGCAGUGUUUCCAGUGUUUUAUAACUUUCUGUAACUCUAAAGCCAAGGAGAGGCAUAUGAAGAAGAGUCACCGUGAAGAAUACAAACAGCAGCUGCAGCAGUGUGACACACUUUUCACUUGUUAUGUGUGUGAUCGCACAUUUCCAUCUUCUGAGGAACUAACACGGCAUCAAUCUACUCACAACAAGGAAGACAAGCCCUUCAAGUGUGCGCACUGCAGAGAGAGCUUCCGUACAUUCUCAGAGUUGACCACACAUCGGCGGCAGGUGUGUCCCGAGCGGCAGUUUGUGUGUAAAGAAUGCAACGAGACAUUCCGGAGCCCAGCACUUCUCCGUACCCACCGCCUGGCCCAACACCCUGCACGACCAGAUGGAGAUGACACUGACAAUCCCAGCAAAACCCACCGCUGUGGUAAAUGUGGCAGGGGAUUCGAAGAGGAGUCUGAGCUGCUGCAUCAUCAAGAAAACCACGCCGCAAACCAGCACUGCAACGGCAGCGGCCCUGUCAAGAGACGUGGCCGGCCUCCCAAAGCUGAAACGAGCUCAGCAACUGUAGAGAAGAAACCAAAAAGGAGUGAAAAUGAAAUGGCAGAGAAGUCGGAAGACACGGCCCCAGCACCACCACCACCACCACCACCAGCAGCAGCAGCAGCACCAGUAGCAGCUGAGGCAAAACCCAAAACCGGGGGAAGGCGAGGACGGCCACCAAAAUCUGCCUCUCAGGAUCCUAAAGGUGAAGAAAACAAAUCCGACAGCAAGAAAACAAAGGCGGUUUCUCCGACAGCUCGUCAGAUCCCGUGCCCAGAGUGUGACCAGGUUUUCUCCUCACCAGCUCAGCUCCGAGCACACAAGAAAGAAAAGCACACGCAGCGCAAGGCACAUCCAUGCCAAGAAUGCGAAGAGAGCUUUAACCGUGCCGAGCAGCUGGAGGCUCACAUGGCCCGCGCACACAAGGCUGGCCGUUACUCCUGCUCAACAUGUGGCAAGAGCUUUGGCCGAGAGAGCAACCUUAAAGCCCACCAGCAGAGCCAUGGGAAGGAGGAUGAGAAGUCUGCUGGGGGCAGCAAGAGAUAAGCUGAGCAUGAGAGAGGAAUGAGGCUUUGACGGAAAGGGGUUAGGGUUUCAAGUGGGUUUAAAGCGGACUUGAGUGGAAGAAGAGAAGAAAAACAUGUUUUGGUGUAUGGGUUGGAGACAGGCUUGAGAUGCUUUGAGUUGGUGAAACUAUUUAGAGUUUUAUGUGGAAACUGGAAACCCAAAAGUCCCCUAUGGCUUCCUCAUUUCAUUUUGACAUGUUUUUAUAGCUGUGGCAUAGUAUAAGGAUUGGGCCACAAUUUAAAAUGUAUAGCAUAAUCAAACCCAUGUCUCACAUAUGCUAGAAUUGUAGGGGCAUGAACCUGAUUUUUAAAAAAAAAAGGAAAAAAAAGCCUACUCGUAGUGAAAGGCUUUGCAUUUGGCUUUUAUUCAAAUAUUUUAAUGUGAUUUUUAUAAAUAUCAUGAGUGACUUGUUUUUACAUUAUUUUUUAGAAGUUUGGGAAGAAAGGUAUGAUUUAAAUGGAAUUAGUCUUUUCUGAUGGCAAGCAUCAAUUAGUGAAUUAGCAGAUUAUUUAAUUUCCUGUUGCACCACAAGGCGUUACUUUUAACUUUGUUACCUGUGACUAAAAAUCCAGAACUGUAAUAAGAGAUAAGAAAUGAUUACCCAUGUUACCCCAGUUUUUUAAAAAAGAAAGAUUUUUAAUUUUAUUUGUUUAUAAUCUGUGGCUCCUGAUCAUGAUGACACAGCAAGAUGACAUGUACAGAACCUGUUGCUAUGUAGAAGUGAAUUCAGUCUCCUUUCAGCUACUUGUUUUGAGAAGAUUUGUAUCCGCUAACUUUUUAAUGGUGCAUAUGUUCUCUGUAAGUCAUUAAAACUUUAACCAGCAGUUGUAUUACUGUGAUUACUUGAUGAGGAUUGUUCAAUGUGAACUUUUUUACCUCUCCGUUUUAUCAUAGUAAUGCAGAUACAUGUUCCGACUCUUAAAUGCAGCUAUAUGAUGCACAGAUGAUCGAAUUGUUCAAAUUUGAUUAGGAAGAGUUAGCUCAGGUCUGUCUCCAUGUUAUCGAGCAAGUACAAAUGUUUCAUCUGACAUCUGUAAAUGAAUGCAUACACAGUGGGCCAUGAUUUAAUGAUCUUUUUUUAUUUUUUUUAUUUUUUUUUUGUUUACUAUAGUAAACUUUGACCACUAUAGCCUGCUGGAAAAAAUGUAUCCUCCUGCUGUAUCUUCAGUGUAAUUUUCCCCCAUGUUGCCUAAAUGAUUUCAAAUUAAAGAACACCACCUUAAGGAGCUGCUAUGGAA